CCAAAAGUAACUUCAACUUGAAGCAGUAUUGGUCCAGAGUCUCCUUUGGAAUCAAAACCCCACACUCCUCCCCUCAGAAUCAAAGCAGCAAAUGUGUUCCAAUUAGGGUUUAUCAAAUUCUCUUGAAUAAGAAGAAGAGUGAAGAAUGGGCGCGCAGAAGAAAGGCGCGUCUCGUGCCUCAGAAGACCCAGUGGAAUUGGCACACGUCCCUCUCCAAGCCAUCCUCCUCGCCGAUAGCUUCACCACCAAAUUCCGACCCAUCACCCUCGAACGCCCCAAAGUGCUGUUGCCGCUGGUGAAUGCUCCCAUGAUCAGUUACACAUUGGCAUGGCUCGAGUCCGCCGGCGUCGAGGAGGUUUUUGUUUUCUGCUGUGCUCACUCCAAGCAAAUCAUCAGUUAUCUCCAGAAUUCCGAGUGGAUUUCUCAACCAGGCUUCACUGUCACGACUAUUGAGUCCCAUGAUUCUGUUAGCGCCGGGGAUGCUCUCCGCUUUAUAUACGAGCGCAAUGUGAUACAUGGAGAUUUUGUCCUAAUCAGUGGGGACACUAUGAGCAACAUGUCGCUUACUCGGGUGCUUCAAGAACAUAAAGAGAGAAGAAAGAAAGAUAGUAAUGCCGUAAUCACAAUUGUUAUUAAACGGUCAAAGCCUUCUCAAACCACUCAUCAAUCUCGAUUGGGCACCGAUGAGCUGUUUAUGGCAAUAGAUCCCAACACAAAGCAGCUCUUAUAUUAUGAGGACAAGGCAGACCAUGCAAAAGGAUCCAUAUAUCUUGAUAAGUUAUUGCUUGCCGAUAAGUCUUCGAUUUCUCUGCAUAAUGACAGACAGGAUUGCUUCAUCGACAUCUGUGCUCUGGAAGUCCUUAGCCUUUUCACAGACAAUUUCGACUAUCAACAUUUACGCCGUGAUUUUUUGAAGGGAUUGCUUGUUGAUGAUAUUAUGGGUUGCAAAAUAUUCACACAUGAAAUACACUCGACAUAUGCGGCUAGGAUAGACAACUUCAGAAGCUAUGAUGCAAUCAGCAAGGACAUAAUUCAGAGAUGGACUUACCCAUUGGUACCAGAUGUUAAGUUUUUUGGAGAUUCUUCAACAAAGCUGGAAAGACAGGGGAUGUAUCGAGCCUCAGGAAUUGGGCAAUCACGAUCUGCUCAGAUUGGUCCAUUUACAGUCAUUGGGAAUGGCACCAAGAUUGGGGACAACACCAAAAUUUCAAAUUCUGUUAUUGGAGAAGGGUGUUCUAUUGGAUCAAACGUUUCCAUAGAAGGUUCCUAUAUAUGGGAUAAUGUCACCAUUGAAGAUGGAUGCAAGCUAAGGCAUGCUAUUGUAUGUGAUGGAGUGAUAGUGAAGUCUGGGGCAGCUUUGAAUCCUGGUGUAGUUUUGUCUUUCAAGGUUAUGAUAGGACACCAAUUUAUCGUCCCUUCGUACUCAAAGGUAUCUUUACUUCAACAACCAGUAAAGCAAGAUAGUGAUGAGGAGCUAGAGUAUGCUGACAAUAGCACUGGUAUUGCAGAAAUUACCCCUCUUACACAUGUGAUAACGAAUGGGGGAAUAGCAAACCAACAACAGGAGACUCAGUGUUGGCCUACAUCUGAGCUUGGUACUGGUGGGGCUGGUUAUGUUUGGUCAGUUUGUGAAGGAGGCCAUGAUGAAGAGUGGAGGCAUUCAGUUGCUCCCAUUCCUGCAGAAAAACUUGCUGAGGUGAUGCAAGCAGUGGAUGAUUCUGAUUCUGAUGAAGAGUCUAGAGACGAUUCCUACUUUGAAAAUGAGGUGGAAGCAACCUUCCUAAGAGCCGUGGAUGAAAAUAUUAAAGUAGAGAAUGUCAUCUUAGAAGUGAACUCACUGAGAUUGUCAUACAACAAGCAAACUGCAGACUGUGCUGGAGCUAUACUUUACUCUAUGAUGAAAAUGGCUCUGGAAACUCCACAUAAUUCAGCAGAUGAAUUGGUCCAAGCUACUACGAAAGUAAUUGCAAAAUCGAAGGGGCUGCUGAAGUAUUAUCUAUCAGAUAUUGAUGAAGAGAUAGAAGUACUAAUGAAAUUCGAAGAUAUGUGUUUGGAGUCUGCUAAGGAGUUCUCCCCUGUGUUUGAGAAGAUACUUUAUCAACUGUAUGACCAAGAGGUUAUACAGGAAGAUGCUAUUCUUAGGUGGGAUGAUGAAAAGAGAGAUGCUGAUGAAUCAGACAGAAUUUUUGUCAAGCAGGCGGAAACAUUUAUCCAAUGGCUGAGAGAGGCAUCUGAGGAGGAGGAUGAGGAAGAGUAAGAAACAUUCAAUUGUAGAUGGUAUUCAGUAGAUGCUGUUAACAAGGCAGGACAGAUAUAUCUCGAACUUGGAACAGGAAUGUGCAAUGUUGUAAAGUAAAAUGCGAAGGCUCGUUGUGUAGCUUGAAAUGCAUUUACAGAAUCAUGCAGGAUACAUGUAAUUUGGUACAAAAUUAAUAGUCUUAGUCAGCACGAACAAUUUUGUCCAGUAUAAUUUCGGAAUCCUAAUGUGGAAUAGGUCUAUUCUCAAAAUCCCAUUUUUUUCUUACAACUUUUCUUUAUACGGGGGAAAAUCAUGUUGUCACAUGGAGCCACCUA